AUGAUUAGAGGUCCUCUAUGGCGUUUUUUAAUGUGUUUUAUAAGUGUUUAUGUAAUAUUUCUUCUUUAUUUUCUUCAUUCAUUCGAUUCUGAUACUGAUAAAACAACAACAACAUCGCCGUUACCUCAUUUCGACGUAAAAGACAUUGACGCAAAUCAACAGCAAAAUAAUGUUCCCCAUCAGGUUCCUAUUCAAAAUGUAGACAAUAGUGUAUCAAACUUAGAACCUGUUAUGACAAAAGGUGUCUUAGGUAAUUAUGAACCAAAAACCAUAGUAAAACUAUCUGGCCCUGGUGAAAAUGGCGAAGGUGUUCAACUGCAAGGCGAAGAAGAAAAAAAACAAGGAGAAAAAUCAGUUGGUGACUAUGGUUUUAAUGAAGUAGCAAGUGAAAAAAUUUCUUUAGAUAGACAUGCACGUGAUACUAGACCAGAAGAAUGUAAAUAUUGGAAUUAUCCAAGUGUUGAUAAAUUACCAACAGCUUCAGUUAUUCUUGUUUUUUAUGAUGAAGGUUGGUCAACAUUAGUACGAACAUUUCAUUCUGUGAUAAAUACAAGUCCGAAAGAAUUAUUAAAAGAUAUUAUUUUGGUGGAUGAUUUUAGUGAUGAAGAACAUAUUACUGUUCGUUUGCCUGAAUAUAUUAAAAAAUGGAAUGGUCUUGUUAAAUAUGUUCGAACUAAGCAACGAGUUGGUCUUAUUGAAGCUCGUGUUGUUGGUGCUCGUGCUGCUGGAGGUGAUGUUAUUGUGGUAUUAGAUGCUCAUUGUGAAUGUGUGACGAAUUGGUUGCCACCAUUACUGACUCGAAUCGCUUUAAAUCGUAAAACAUUAGCAGUGCCAAUUGUUGAUGGAAUUGAAUGGGAUACUCUAAGACAUAAUCCAGCUUACUUUGGUGGUGGAUCUUUUAGAGGUAUAUGGGAAUGGGGCUUUUUAUAUAAAGAAACAGAAAUUCCAGAACGUGAACGUAAUAAAAUGAAAUAUAAAACUGAACCUUAUAAAAGUCCUACUCAUGCUGGUGGUCUUCUUGCUAUUGAUAAAAAAUGGUUUUUUGAAAUAGGUGCUUAUGAUCCUGAUAUUAAAAUUUGGGGAGGUGAGCAGUAUGAAUUGAGUUUCAAAGUUUGGAUGUGUGGUGGACAACUUGAAUGGGUACCUUGUAGUCAUGUUGGACAUAUUUAUCGAGGACCACGUAAACGAAGUAUGCAUCCUCGAGGUGCAAAUUAUCAUCAAAGUCAUAUCAAUCAUAUGCGUGUUGCUGAAAUUUGGAUGGAUGAAUAUAAAACAUAUUAUAUACGUCGUCGACCAAAUCAUGCUCAUCUUGAAAUAGGUGAUACAAGUGAAUAUAAAGCAUUACGACAACGUUUAAAUUGUUCAAGUUUUAAAUGGUUUUUGGAUAAUGUUGCAUUUGAAAUGGCUGAAAAAUAUCCUUUACCACCAGCAAAUCUCGUUUGGGGAGAAAUGCGCAAUGAGCAGUAUAAAGAUAUGUGUGCUGAUACAUUUGGUAAUCAAUAUGGUCGAGCUGUUGGUGUAUCGGGUUGUCAUGGUCAAGGUGGAAAUCAAUUAUUUCGUUUAAAUACAGAAGGAGAAUGGUCAGUAGAUGAACACUGCUAUAUAGCUAAUAGUAAUUCUAUUGUUCCACGACAUUGUGUACAAGGAGGUAGAUGGAUUCCUACAGGUGAAUGGACUUAUGAUAAUCAAACAUUACAAAUUCGUUCGACAAAAGUUGAUAAAUGUGUAGUAACUGAUGGUAAAAGUUUAUUUUUGGAAACUUGUCAAAACAAUAAUACAGCACAAAAAUGGACAUGGAAAGAAACUUAUAUUGUCUAA